AUGACGGGCACGAUUAUCCCCAUGGAAGAUGACCAAGAAGAUGGCCCCACCACCACGGCCACUGCUGCAAUGCCGCGGCCACCGCCCUCUGGGCCGGCCCUGGAGGAGCUGCUGACUCGCAAGGAGGCAGAGUGGCGGGCGCUGCAGGCACACCGCACCCAGCUUCAGGAUGCUGCACUGAAAGAGGCGCAGAGCCAGCUGGAGGAGGCUCAGGGCCAGCUGCGGCGUCUGCGGGAGGACUUCGUUUACAACCUGCAGGUGCUGGAGGAGCGGGACCGGGAACUGGAGUGCUGCGACCUCGCCUUUGCCCAGGCCAGGCGCCAGGAGGAGGCCCGGCAGGCUGAGGCCAGCGAGCUCAAGAUUGAGGUGGCUAAGCUGAGGCAGGCAUUGACCCGCGAGGCCCGCCAGGUAGAGGAGCUGCAGCAAAGGCAGCGGCUGACCCUGCAGGACCAUCGCCGGGAGCUGGAGCGCAUGCACAGUGACAGGAACGUGGAAAUCCACCACCUCCGGGAGCAGUAUGAGCAACUGCAGGGGACACUGGGGCGGAAGCUCCAGGAGCUCGAUGGGGAGCUGGCGCUGCAGAAGCAGGAGCUCCUGCUAGAAUUUGAAUCGGAGCUGCAGAGGAGGGGGCACGAGUCCCGCCUACAGGCCGACACUCUGAGCAAUGCCGUCCUGACGCAUGAACUCAAGGUUAAACUGCUGAGGAAGGAGCUGGAGGCCCUGAAGGGAGCGGCUGCGGAGGCUGCCGAGUCCCUGCAGAGAGCGGAGGUGGCCAUCGCGGAGCUAGAACACACAGUGGCACGCAGGGACCAGGAACUGCAGGACCUCGAAGCCGUGAAGGACGCCCGGAUAAAGGACUUAGAGGGCAAGCUCCAUGCGGCACAGCUGACGAGGGCAAAGGAGGAGGAGACGUUCCGGAGGAAGCAUGAAGAGCUAGAUCGUCUGGCCAGGGAGAGGGAUGCAGUGCUGGCCUCAGUGAGAGAGGCCCACGUUGAGCAGCUGCGGGCACUGGAGGCCAGAGAGCGGGAGCUGCAGGCCCACACGGAGAGCCUGGAGACGCGGCUGCGCAGGGCCGAGUGGGAGCAGGCUGAUGCUGCAAAAGACCACAAUACCGCCAUCACCCGACUUCGAGAGGAGGCGUCAGCUCUGAAGUCUGGUUGGGAUGCUCAGGUGGCUCAGCUGUCCAAGGAGAUGGUCUCUAAGGACCUGCAGGUCCACGCUCUGCAGGAAGAGGGCUUGAGGCUCACAGCACAGUCUGCCCGGCUCCAGCAGGACAUCGACAGGUACAAGCAGCAGCUGGUGGCAGCCAUGGGCCGGGAGCAGAGUCUGGAGCGUGAGAAGGUGCAGUUAGAGCUGGACUGGCAGCGUCGCUGUGACUCCGCUGAGCGGGACCAGUACUGCAGGUCCGAGGAGCUGAUCCAGGGACUGACCACAGGCAGGGAGCAGGUUGCGGCCAAACUGCAGGAGACAGAGCAGAGGCUAAGUGCCAAGGAGGAGCUGCUGAAGGCCUUGGCCCUCGAGAGAGACCAGGCGGUGCACAUGCUGAGGACCCACGGGCUCCUUCCCAAGCAGGAGGCACAGCCACUGCCAGAGCAUCACAAAGAAGAAAUAAGUCAAGAUUUUCCAUCAAGUGAAAUCCAGCGGCUGCAAGAGCAGAACACAAGCCUGCGGAAUGUUAUUACUCAAAUGAGGAAACAAAUGGAAACUCUAAGUGAUCCAGUUCCUCCUCCUGCCGACCUCGGAGGCCAGCUCCCAACUACAAGCCAGACCAACGUGACCACUUCAGCAGACACCGCCACUCCUGAUUACGUUCUGGUCCUUAAAGAAGAAAUACGAAGUCUAAAGCAUAAAUUUAAGACCCUGGAAGAGCAAUUGCAAGAUGCGUUAGAUCCUCCAAAGAUGUCGUUGUGCUCUGCUGAAGCCCAGCCCAGCACUGGUGAGAGCCCGUCUGCUGGGCAAGCCUCGCUGUGGUCUCUGGGGUCUGAAGGUCACUUCUCUGCAGGGGACCAUCCGCAGGCCGAGGUGGCUCCCAGCGUGCUGGCAUGCAAGAAGCUCGCGGGCAGAGUCCGUCUGCUGGACCGCCUGGUCUCAAGGCUCCGACAAAAGGUGCUGCAGAAACCGCCAGAGAUGGAUGCUGUCCGGCUCCAGCUGCCCCGUGAGGUAGACCAGGUGCACAUGGAGGUCUCAGAACUGAACAGGCAAGUGGCCGAGCUGGACAAGCAUCUUAGCACCACCAAGAAGGAAGGAGGGGAGGCAGAGGACGGGAAACAGCCUCAAAGCCUGGAGACCACGGCCCUCUGGAGACAGGUGGGUGCCCUGCCACCACUGCUGGUGAGAGCAGAGACUCAGGGGUACAUGAGGGACGCGUGUGGGAGCUGUGACAGGGAGGACACUGGAGCAGAUGGGCUGCUGGCCUCCUGGACCUCCAGGGACACGGGCAGGAGUGGGGGUGCGGCAGGGCAGGACAGACAGACAGGCUGUCCCCAAGGCCCUGUAGUCGAGCUGUCCUUCAGCUCCCAGAUCCACACACAGUCCUGCACCAGGGGCCUAGCGUGGUCUGCUGUCCCCCCAGCACUGUCCAUGUCUAGCUCGGGGCCUGUCCACCCGUGCUCCCAGACGUCCAUCCAUGCGUGUGCCCUCACCGUGCCCCAGUGGGGCCCAGCACGUGGACACCCUGCUCAGCAUUCCGCCGAGCUCCGACUGCAGAGACAGCUGAGGGCCGCAGCCAGGCGCAUCGUAAGUCUGCGGCAGCAGAAUGAACAACUCACCGAGGCUGGAAACCGGCUCCGCGCCAGGCUGGGCCGCCAGGGUCAGCGCGGCUCCCAGAUAAAGGCACCAGUGUGCUCCCAGGGCCCCCGCUGCUCGGGCGCAGGAAUUGCCGUCCAGUCGUGCUCACGCAUCACCGUCUGCAGGAACACAUCAGCAUCCAUGAACAUGAACAGUGGACGCCACCGCGGACCCCUCAACCUGCCCCAUCUGCUCAGCCCCCACGCCCGUCCCUGCCCCUUCAUGGGCACCAGCACCGCCUGCUUUUGUGUCUCUGGUUAUGAGGAGGAGGCUCGGCCACGCCACUUGUUGGAGCCUGUGCUCAGAAAACAAGAAACGCAGAAGUGUGCCCUCGGUCUGCCAUUUGGCGAUUUUGCAGCUUUUAAUCUGCCACGGGCUAAAGCGCUGGACUUGUUCGUGAGGAACCUCAGACUGCACUUCUGGAAGUCCCUGUUGGUGGGAGGCCAUGCAGGGACAUCAUCUUGCCUCUCCCGUCUUCCUGCCCCCGAGACCCGGAGCCCAGGUCAGGAGCCUGAGUCACCACUGGACCGUGGCCUGCCCUUGGGACAAGUGCAGCCGCACUUCACAGUUCAGACCCUGUCCAGGAUUCCCACGCCAACCUGCAAAUCAGCCCAUCAGAAAGAAAAUAGGUCCCCAAAGCUACCACAGGCCCAAGUGCUCCAGGAGGCUGGGCCCCUGACACAGAGGUCGACGUCUUCAGUGGCUAGCAGCUCCCUCCAGGAUACGUGGAAGUUGCUAGAGCUAAGCUCCAGUCCUUCUGGCCCUGCCUCCCAGGAGAACUCAACUCCAGGUAGGAAAGACGGCUGCAGUGUGCGCCACUAUCCCGGGGUGCAUGCUUCACCUAACCAGUCUCACAUCGUGGGCUGCUCAGCUGAUUUCCAGAGUGAGCCUAUGGAAGUCCACGUGUAA